UGUGGCAGCCGGUGGUAAAAAUGAUCGAACUGUGCAUCGCACUGGCGGUGCUCGCUAUUUGCCUCUAUUUCAAGUGGUCGUGUAGCUAUUGGCGCCGGGUGGGUAACGUUGACGGUCCCCAACCGUUACCGAUCUUUGGAAAUGGCUUGGAGCAGAUCACCGGUGCGAAGCACUUUGGCGAAAUAUUCGAGGAGAUCUACGCGACCUAUCCAACGGCAUCCUGGGUUGGAAUCUACGAACUCUUCAACAAGCCGGCCAUCGUCGUCCGAGAUCUGGAGCUAGUCAAGGAGGUCCUCGUGGGAAGUUUUCAGCAUUUCCAGAAAAAUUCCUUCGAAGUGGAUGAGACCAUCGAUCCGUUGGUAGCCAUCAAUCCGUUCACCCAAUACGGUGAGCUAUGGAAGGAAAGGCGUUCCCAGGUGGUUCCGGCGUUCACCCAGACGAAGAUCCGCUCUUGCUUCCCCAUCAUCAAAAACGUGGCGGAGAACUUCCUGGACUACGUGACUAAAAAUCGGAAGACCAAUCCGGACUUUGAGGCAAAAGAUCUCUGUUCCCGGUUCACAAUCGAUUCGGUGGCCAGCUGUGCGUUCGGCAUCGAUGCGGAAUCGUUCACCAAUCCGGACUCCGAGUUUCGUCGGGUGGGCUACGAGCUGUUCCAUCCGAGCUCGCUAAUGGCAUCGUUGCGCACGCUGCUGGCGUUGUUUGCUCCGAAAUUGGCCUCCCUGCUGCGGUUACCAUUCGUUCCCCGCUACGUGGAUCGUUGGUUCCGGAAGCUGGUGAACGAAGUGAUCCGGCAGCGCAAGGAAGGUGAAGUGAAACGUCAGGACCUGUUCCAAGCCAUGUACGACAUUCUGACCCAGAAUGGAACCGUCGAUGUCAACAGUAACGAAAUCGUCGGCCAUUCGGUGACGUUCCUUACCGAAGGAUUCGAAACGUCCAGCACGCUGAUGUGCUACUUCCUGUACGAGCUGGCCGCGAACCAGCACAUUCAGGAUCGAGUGCUGAACGAAAUCGACUGCGUGCUGAAGGAGUACGAUGGAAAGGUGACGGACGAAGCCGUCAACAAGCUGGUCUACAUGGAACGGGCCAUGAACGAGACGCUGCGUCUGCACUCUCCGGUAUUCGCCCUGACCAAGGUGUGCACCAAGGAGUACGAACUGCCGCCCCAGUAUUCGGAUGACGUUGGCAAGCGUAUCCGGAUGCAGCCCGGAAUGUCGGCCAUCAUUCCGGUAAACUCAAUCCACUACAAUCCGGACAUUUAUCCCGAUCCGUACCGCUUCGAUCCGGAUCGGUUCUUGGAUGAGAACCGGAAGGCUCGCCAUCGGUAUUCUUUCUUGGCCUUUGGCGAAGGACCUAGGAUUUGUCUGGGCAUGAAAUUCGGACUGAAUCAGAGCAAAAUCGGAAUGGCAACGCUUUUGAACAAGUACCGAGUGGUUCCGUCGGAAAAACAGGAGCUGCCGCUGGAAAUCUCCCGUAAGUCUUUCCUGCUUUCGGCCAAACACGGAAUCUGGGUGAAGUUCGUCGAACGGCAGUGAGAGGGUAAGUUUUUGAAAAUUCGAUGGAAUUCAUAGAAAUUUUCAGAUUAUUACAA